UCCAAUACCAGGAGCUGUUUUUUUGAUCGUUCACAAUGAAGUUUCUUGCUUACUUUUUGAUCUUAGCAGCUUGCGUUUUCCUUGACCAAACUGAAGCUCAGUGCCCGAAUCAACCAUCACACACCGUAUGUGGUGGGCUCCCUCAUAGCGGAUUCGGUGGCAGAGGAUGUAUACCUGGCACCAGAUGGUGGUACAAUCCGGCAACUAGAAAUUGUGCCAGCUUUCACUAUAAUGGUUGUGGUGGUAAUCCGAACCGUUACUGCUCACUUGCAGACUGCCGACAAAGAUGUGUACCGAGUGGCUAGAUUUUGACUUACAACUUUCACUUUGAAUGUACUGCACUACGUGUAUCCGUGUAUGUAUGCAUGUCUAUAUGUCGACAAAAGAAAAAAAAUAAAAUAAAUAAUCUCUUUAUAAUCAUAA